AUGGAGACACCCGAGAAGACGCCGUUGAUGGCGCAGGCUCGACAGCAGUUUCUCGACCUCUUUCGGUGGAAACAGCGCGUGUCUAUCAUCGACGAGAACGGCAAUGAGAAAAUUGAAUACCAAUCACCCGUUGUACCGACCAAUCCCGUAACGUUGCUUUGGCAGCUGACAGCAAAGCAGUGGCUCUUCUACUGGACUGGCUUCUUCUGCUGGUUCGGUGACGCCUUUGACUUUCACGCCCUCUCGAUUCAGACGAGCAAGCUCUCCGCCUUUUACGGUGUCACAAAGUCUGACGUAUCAACCGCCAUCACCCUUACGCUGCUCUUGCGCUCCGUUGGUGCCGUCUUUUUCGGCAUCGCAGGCGACUACUUUGGACGAAAAUAUCCCAUGGUGCUCAACAUGUUCCUCCUGGGCGCGCUGCAGAUCGGUAGCAUUUAUGCGACGACGUUCAAUCAAUUUCUUGCGACACGGGCCCUCUUCGGCAUUGCGAUGGGAGGCGUCUUUGGAAAUGCGGCCGCCAUGGCCCUUGAGAAUGUCCCUGCGGAAGCCCGUGGCAUCCUCUCUGGCAUCUUCCAGUCAGGUUACAGCUUCGGCUAUGUGAUUGCAGCCUGCGUAAAUUUGGGCGUGGGCGGCGCUCCCGACUCCUGGCGUACGGCCUUCUGGGUUGGUGCUGGUUUGAGUUUCUCUGGUGGGAUCCUCCGACUUCUAUUCCCGGAAUCGAAACAAUUCAUCGAGAAGAAGAAGUCUGGCAACAAGGGUGGGGCCACCAACGCCUUUUUGCGCGAGUUCAAAAAGAUGAUCAAGAAGGAGUGGCAGCGUGUGCUCUACACCAUCGUCUUGAUGGCCAUCUUCAACUUCUACUCUCAUACGACGCAGGACAGCUACACCACCUUCCUCUUGACUCAGAAGCGAAUGAACAACUCUUUGGCUUCCAAGGCAUCCAUCUUGAUGAAGACAGGUGCCUGUGUUGGUGGAACUACCGUUGGAUGGGCAAGUCAGUUCUUCGGCCGACGUCGUUCUAUUGCAGUCUGUGGUAUCCUCUGCUGCUGUAUCAUCCCCGCAUGGGUCCUGCCCGACUCCUUUGGCGCUCUCGCAACAGGUGGUUUCAUUCUGCAGUUCUUCGUGCAGGGCGCCUGGGGUGUGAUCCCCAUCCACCUGUCGGAACUGAGCCCACCGGCCUUCCGAGCUUCGUUCCCCGGGCUUACCUACCAGCUCGGAAACAUGAUUAGUUCCCCGGCGGCCCAGAUCGUCAACGAAAUCAGCGAGAGAACGACCGUAUUUGACGUGGGUGCACGAAGGCAGGCUUACGGUCCAACGAUGGCGAUUGCGACGGCAAUUAUCUCGCUCCUUCUGACUUUCUGGAUCAGUAUUGGACCCGAGCGCAAAGGCUCUCACUUCGAGACAGUCGCUGCUGCUGGUGCAGAAGUUAAUCUGGGCGAGCAGCAGCACAAGCACGAGAACACGGCCGACUCGCCCGCCGAAGACCAGAGUGCGCUGGAAAAGUCUAGCUUGCACGGCAGCUCCGAAGACGAAAAGAAGGACGACGGUCUGCAGACUCAGACGAAAGACGUCUAG